AUGGAGAGGAAAUUGCAGCUAAAAGACUCGCCAGAUAUUCAGGACAGGGUUUCACAGAAUUCAAAAAUGAAGUUGAACUUAUUGCGAAAUUACAACACAAUAAUCUGGUCAAGCUCUUGGGAUGCUGCAUUCAGGGAGAGAAAAGACUUUUGGUGUAUGAAUAUUUGCCAAAUAAGAGCUUGGACUUUUUUAUCUUUGAUCAGAAUAGAACAACUUUGGUUGAUUGGAAUAAACGACGUGAAAGGCAUAGCCCAAGGUCUUUUGUAUCUCCACAAGCACUCUCGGCUACGCAUCAGACAUAGAGACCUUAUUAAGGCAAGCAACAUUCUCUUGGACCAGGAUAUGAAUCCUAAAAUCUCUGAUUUUGGACUAGCAAAAAAUUUCAGCUCCAAUGAUACUCAAGGAAACACAAAUAGGGUGGUGGGAACAUAUGGUUAUAUGUCUCCUGAGUAUGCCUAUAAAGAGAUUUACUCAAUCAAAUCAGACGUGUUCAGCUUUGGUGUGUUACUUCUCGAGAUCCUUAGUGGAAAAAGGAAUUCUGGUUUCCACAAGUCUGAAGAUUUUAUCAACCUCCUUGGAUAUUCGUGGCAGCUCUGGGAAUGUGGAAGAUAUCUUGAGCUUCUAGAAGCAUCAAUUGUGGAAAUUCAUCCAGCAGAGGCGAGAAGGUUCAUUCACAUUGUACUGAUGUGCGUACAAGAGAAUGCAGAUGAUCGACUAACCACGUCAAAUGCCGUUGCAAUGUUAAACAACGAGAAUGUUAUUCUUCCAGAUCCUAAUCAUCCAGCAUACUUCAGUCUAAGAGUACCUAAUAUACAUGAAUCGGCCACUGCUGUUGUGCCAUGUAGUAAUAAUGAUGUAACCAUUACUGAGCAGCCAGAUGGAAGAUAA